AUGAGAGGGAGAACACAGAUUGUGGAAGCGUUGAUCAAAGCAGAGCCCGAGUCUCUACGCCCCCGUGACCGAGACAAAACCACUGUUUUUCACUUGUGUGUCAAAUACAACCAUUUAGAGACUCUCGAAACUUUGGUGAAAUUGGACUAUGCCACUGCCAAGAUCACUGAACGAGAGCCUGCUUCCCACUUCUUUACGCACCCUGAUACUGCUGGCAACACUAUUCUCCAUUUAGCUGUCCCAUUUAGCUGUCAAGCUGUAAGGUAUCUGCUGUCAAUUCCAGGAAUAAGAGAAUUGGAAAGGACGCAGAACCGGGAAGGCCAUACAGCCUACGAUAUCCUCGAACGUAGUCCAGAAGACAGGAAAACCGCCGAGUUGAACCUCAUCAUGUUGACAAAGGACGACGUUGGAAAUUCAGAAACAUCGACUAUGUUGCAGUGUAUUGGAGACUGCUUUAAGAAGACUUUCAAAUGGAUGCGUAAUCGGUUGACCCAUGGGGGUAAUACUAAUUGGUUAGAAGAGAUGAGGGGGAAUCUGAGUGCGGCAUCUAUUUUCAUAUCAACUAUAACCUUUCAAGCUUUAAUUAAUCCACCAGGAGGCUUCAUUCAACAAGGCUUAUCAUCAUCUCAAGACAAUAAUACCAUCUCAUCAUCUGAAUACUUCAAAACCACCUUAUUACCAUCUAAGCCCCUCGACUGCAUGAAUCCUGAUGAUGGAGACUAUUGUCCUGGAGAAGCAGUCUCGUCCUUUGGUCACCAAGAUGAAUUUAUAUUGUAUGUGGAAUUUCUUACUCUCUCUUUCUAUGCGUCACUUUGUGUCACUCUCUUGCUUGUAAGUGGAGUUCCUUUGCAGAAUAGCGCUGCCAUAUGGAUUCUAUCCAUAGGAAUGUCUCUCACUCUCUUCUUUCUUGCACUUGCAUACAACUUUGCCGUCAGAAUUAUGGUCCCAGAUCAUCUUUAUGAAGACGUAGUGUUCAUCCUCAGUAAUAUCGGAUUAGCUGUUUGGGUUUGUGAGUUUCUUCAUCUAAUUGGGUUGUUUAACGCACUGCGCUUUCUCAUUUGGAUGGUGAAGAAAUGUUGCCAGAUUAUCAAUAAGUUAAAAAGUCUUUGCUGCUGA